AUGUACGAAGCCAGCACGAACGACCUUGAGUGGUCGCUGCGCCGAAGCCAGGAAGAUAUCCUCACCCACUGGAAUGAACAUACUUCGCGACUGGGCCGUCGCUACGAAGAGGGCGACGCAAUCGCCCGCGACCAGAUGAAGGAUAUCAUAAUCCAGCUCCAAAGAGCGCUGCUCGCCCAUCUGCGGGACAACAAUGCCCAGCUCGACAUCAUGGCCUUGCUUUAUGCGUCCGACCAAGGCCGGAACGAAACCAUCGCGGUUCUCAUCGGCCUCUAUCAGCGCAUCUCGCAGACGUCUUUCGUGCCCUAUCCAAUGAGUACGGGGCCAGUGGUCGUCGACCGAUCCUCCAACUUGGCGCGCGAGCUCGAUCGGAUCGAGCGACGGGGCAUUUCGGACAUCCCAUACACGCACCGGGUGAUGGCGGUUCCAUCAUCACCCGGGGAUCAUCGCAACUCCGGCCGCUGGACCAGCUCGCCCCCAGAGCCGUCUGGCCUGUUUCCGCAGCUCGAGGGAUCCAGUCCGUCGACUUCGACAUCCAGACGUUCCUCCCGAUCGUCGUCCUUCACGACCUUUUUCCGGCGCCGAUCGUCCGCUGAACAGUCCAUCUUUUCGGAGCCCGCAGUCAAUAGCCGGUAUAGUAGCCUGGGAUCUGCGAAUAUGUCGCCGCCGUCUCGUCGCUCAUACAGUAUUGCCCACGCCCCCGAGCCCGCCAGCGACUGUCACGACCGCAUCCCGGAGAUCCACGCACCGGACCUCGUCGACCCCGAGCGAGGCUAUACAACACGCCUUCAUGAGCCCAUUCUGGAAGACCAGCAGGAGCAUGACAGUGCGCGCGACUCCUCCGACGAUAUCAUGCGUGAAGUCACCAACAACCCGUGGAAUAUGGACCCGCACUCCAAAGCUCUCGAGGCGGCCCACCGCCGCUCCCCCAGCCCAAGCCACCCCACUUCCCGCACCCGGGCAUCGCGUACGACCCCUACUCGGCACCCAUCGCUCCCCCCACAACGCCCUCCCCCGCUCGAAGCCCGUAACGCCCCCUCCCGCGCCUCCACCAGCUCCUCCGCCUCCCUGUCCACCCCCUCCUCCUCCGUCCACAAGCCCUCCGCCAGCAGCCCAUCCCCGCACCCGUCCUACUGGCCCCCCAGCAAAGACACCAACUACUCCGGUUUCUGUAAAGGUGCCUGGAAACUGCACUCCGGGCUCGGCGGGUUCAAGGUACACUCCGUUCCCUCUGGCUACUAUAACCUCGAAACGAAAUGGCGCUGCGACUCAUGCUUCUUCGAGAUGCCGCACGUCCCGGGGCAGAGUCGCACCGACCACCGCUUCGACACGAAGGUCUACCUCCACCGUGGUUCCGCGAUCCAGUUCCGCUGGCUGUUCUUGGCCAAGUCGCAUCUGAAGGUGCGCCGCGCCUACGUCGGUGUGUCGAAAGAGGCCCGCGGCCCAUUUGGCUGCAUCUUUUGCUGUGCCGAGAAGAACGAGCCCGUCCCGGCGUUUGGGACGUUGGAUGUGUUUAUGGAUCAUUUGGGCGCUUGUCAUCGCUUGAUUGGUGACGUGGCCCUGUUGGAUCGCACGAGGUGUGUGGUCGGGCGCAUCGCUGGCUCUGACGAGGAAUUCGAUGUGAACAUUCCGCCUGAGAAGUGGUGA